GGCCGGGCGUCCGGAGCGGCGGUCCCCGUCAGUCCCUCGCCGCCCUGCUCCGAGACCAUCGCCCCCGCCGACGACAUGGUGCUGCCGCAAGGCCUGCUCGUGUGUCAGACCCUCCAGAUCAUGUUCGCCGGCACGCCGUACGUGAUGUCGCUGCUGCCGCGCGGUGACUGCGCGCUGUGCUGCCAGACCGUCCUGGAGGACGACAUCGUGUUCACGACGCACUUCAGGACGGGGGCCUCUCUGCGCGCCGGGGUGGCGGCCGGGGCGCCGCAGCUCGACCCCAACAAGCCCACCGUGGUCUACGUGCACGGCUUCACGGAGCAGGGCAGCGGGGCCAGCGCCUCCACCAUCCGAAAAGCGUACUUCGCGACGGGCCGCGACGUCAACUUCGUCACCAUGGACUGGUCGCGCCUGUGCUCCUUCCCCUGGUACUCCAACGCCGUCGCCAACGUCCCCGUGGCCGGCAGCUACCUGGCCCGCUUCCUGGAGCGCCUGUUCGAGGACGGCGUCGACCCCGCCACCACGCACGUCGUGGGCUUCAGCCUGGGCGCCGAGGUGGCCGGCGUGACCGGGCAGGAGCUGCAGCGGCGCUACCGCCUGGGCCGCAUCACAGGAUUGGACCCGGCCUUCCCGCUGUUCCGCUGGACGCGGCGCGACGGCCGCCUCAGCGAGGACGACGCCCAGUUCGUGGACGUGAUCCACACGGACGCCGGCGGCCUCGGCGUGCGUCGCGCCAUCGGCCACGCCGACUUCUACCCCAACGGCGGCAGGCCGCAGCAGCCUGGGUGCUCGGCCAAGGAGCUGCGCGAAACGGGGCACUACCCGCACGAGUUCCUGACGUGCAGCCACACUCGGGCCUGGGUGUACUACGCCGAGUCGGUGCUGCGGCCCGCGGACUUCGUGGCGCUGCGGUGCGAAUCGCAGAGGGACUUCCGGUCCGGCCGGUGCGAGCAGGACCUCCUGCGAGCCAACUUCCAACCAGCCAACCAGACCGUCGUCGCCGCCAUGGGGCUGGACGCCCCGAGGAGUUGCCGCGGCUCGUACUUCCUCGAGACCAACGACCAGUUCCCGUUCGCGAGGGGGCUGAGCAUCCGCAGCGCGGAGAACCUCGACGACCUCGAGUAGAGCGCCUGUGGAUCUGCGCAUCGGCAACCCCAGCGCACGCGCGCUCGACGGGUCGCCUGUCUUCGGGCGCUCUCUCUCGCUCACUCUAUUCUGCCCACUCUGACAAAGCCUUCGUGCCUCCACUGUACUGCUACUUUCCCACCACUCGUUACGAAUAAAGAUACUGUUUUUUUUAACUUUU